AUGGCCGAGAAGCGCAAGCGCGACGGGCACGGCGAGGGCGGCAAGGCCAAGCGCAGCAAGUCCAUCAAGAAGGCCACCGCCGAAGACUUCAUUGACGUCCCCGCCGACUUUGACGAAGUCGACACACCCGCCAAGAAGGAUAAGAAGGAAAAGAAGGACAGAAAGAGAGAAGGACAGGGAGAGAAGAGGACAGGAGAGAGAGGACAGAAGAAAGAGGAGAAAAGGAGAGAGGAAAGAGGACAGGCCGCGAAGACGACGAGAGCCCCGAAAAAGAACGAGGGGCCCCGGUCCAGAACCCCCUUGUGGACACCCGACGCCCGCGAAAACAAACCGCCCAAUGAUGCGUUGGGUUGCUCCUGA